UGUAUUUACUUCCGCGCGCGUAUACACGAUGCAUGUGUAUUUACUUCCGCGCUGAUCUGCUCUGCAGUCUGACAUCAUGGGCGUAUCGACAAAAUGUCCUUUGAUACCAUUACUAUUUAUGCUGGUCAGCAUUUACAUAGUGUGUGUUAGACCGAUAGUGGUUAGGAAACCAAAUAGUCUGUAUGAAGUGACAUCAAAAUGUAACCCAUCUCCAAUAAACCUCGUUCCCAUCACCGUUACCGCCGAUCUUCCCAUGACUAUUCACGUCCACUGCAAAAAUAAUUACGUGUUGCAAAUGAACACAUCAGACGGGGUCCAUUAUCUGGCACACGCUGGCUUCACGAAUCAAGACGGUUCCAAAUGUCUUUUCGAGCGGAAGUCCAACUCUAGAAUGUACACACUCAUACUCGACUUGGCCUGGGACUCUAUCAAUCAAAGAUCGUCAAUCUUGCUGGUCAGAGACCAGUACUUGGUCGUGUGCAGUUACGACAACUUCGGUUCAUCGAAGACACACAAAACUUCAAUUGAUUCCAGUAAACAGCCUCCCAAUUCGAUAUACGAAGAUAAAGGCCAACCCAUUACGUCUGGUAUAGAUCUUAGGUUGGUGGACACCAGGGAUAACGUCAUGGAUAGCGACAUUGCUCUGGGCACCAUCAUCCGAAUUGUCAUCACCAUAACUGGUGUUGACUUCGUGAAAGCACAACAAUGCUGGGCGACGAAUGAAGUUAGAAACUACACGAUUCUGAUUGCCGGCUGUGGAGAUGGAGUUGUAUUCAAGAAGAACGAUGGAUUCCUAACAGUGAACCAGACGAUCUAUAGUCCAUACUUUUCAGCAUUUAGACUGCAGGGGUGCACCAAUCUCACAUUUGAAUGUAUCGUCAGUGCAUGUCCAGUCGGCGUACACUGUGACGGGACUUCUUGUACCACAGAAAACAGACGGAAGCGGGAUGUAAACGCACGCCUUGCUAGUCUCCAACAAGGUAUUGGUCAAGUAAGAAAAGCCAAUUACCUUGGGAAUGUUUUCAAAACGGCUAGCGCCGUAUCAAACAGCGCUGUUAUUUCAUCUCCUGACAAAAAUGGCCGUACUUUAAGACAUUUGAAAAAUGGACUGACUGUUGUAUAGCUUGGCUGUUUACCUGUUGUAAUGUCCUGCAAUGGCAGAAAAUCGCAAUACUGCUUGCCUGUUUAGGUGCUAACAAAUAAAGCUUGAGGAAUAAA